UGGGAGACAGAGGGAAGUUCCUGACGCAGGCAGAAGGGAAUUCAGUUUUCAGGUCCGAGCAGGAAACUCACCCGCAGCACCGCACACAGAUCAUUAUCUCACAUUUACAAACCAAGAGCUAAGCUCGAGCAGACAACUAUUGACUCCACCGUUUGAGCUACAGAGAUGCAAAGGGGCAAAUUUGUCCAGUGGAGAGCUGUUGAAGAGAACCACGAUAAACAGGAGUGAAGAACAGGAGCAUUUGGAAACGUAGGGAUCAGUCUGGAAGGGAUAUGGCUAACCUUCUGAGAGGACUCCUAUUUUGUUUAGUGGCGGCACAGACCAGUCAGCUCAAUGAAAACAGAACAAAGAUUGCUCCACCAAGAAGUUGGAAGGGUUCCUUGAAUAAAUAUAAUUACACAAACCAGCUGCCUGAUCCUUUUGUUGUCGGCACCGAUCCUCACCUGGAUGUGGACCCUGAGGGUCCAGUGACAGCAUAUACCACAGGGGCCAUCAGCAGUUGGUUCAUCCCUUUAUCAUACAUCCUAACUAUCCUCGUGGGAAUCCCCUCUAACACCUACAUUCUGGCCUUCCUGAGAGUCAAACUCAGUUCAAAGAUGUUAUCCACAGUGGUCCUGAACCUGAACCUGGCCCUGUCGGACUUGCUGCUCGUGCUGUCUCUCGCUUUGCGCGUUCACUACCACCUAAAUGCAAACAACUGGAUAUUUGGUGAAAUCUCCUGCCGGCUUAUUGCAGCUUUAUUUUACGGGAACGUUUACUGCUCGGCUCAGACCAUAGCAUGCAUCAGCGUGAAGCGCUACCUGGCUGUGGUCAAGCCGUUUUUGUACAGAAGGAUGACUAAAACGAGCCUGGCAGUGUGGAUGUGCCUGGUUGUGUGGUUUCUGUAUGGAGCUGCUAUUGUGCCUGAGCUCUUGGUCAGGCAGAGCUAUUAUAUCACAAAGCUGGGGAUCACUACGUGCCAUGAUGUGCUUCCACUAGAAGAACCCUCACAUUCUCUGCUGGUGCCAUACAGGCUCAUGCUAGUUUUUCUGGGCUUCUUACUACCCUUCAUGGUUUGUAUUUACACCCACAUCGCAGUGGUCUACCACCUGGAACAAAGCUCCUGUGACUGGAAACUGUUUAUUAGAGCAAGCACUCUGGUUUUCAUCAUCUUCGUUGUGUGUUUUUUCCCCAGUGGCAUCCUGCAUGCUGCCCACUACAUCCACCUGUGCUCCAGUGGGGAUGACACACUGUAUGGAUACUAUAGAUUAGCAAUUUGUCUCUGUUGUUUCCACAGUUGCCUGGAUCCCUUCCUGUGCAUGCUUCUUUCCAUGACAGCAAACUCAGAGCUACAAUUAAUCUCCUUUAACAAGAUACUACAGAGGCCCGCAGUUAUAAUAUGACACUGGCCAUUUCUACAUAAAGGGGAAAAAAGAAUAUUUCCUUGAAUACUGUUGUAUAGAAGAGAGACCAGGCAACAAAUCGAAAAUCUUUGUGACUUAAUCUGUAAAAGUUUAUUUUGGACACUGUGGAAAUUUAAUGACAGGAGAAGAAGCAUUAAAAUCAAAACUGUCAUAAUAUAAAUACGAGCAAAAAUCACAAUGGUGGCGCGGCGCUGGUGGUGUAGGGUUUAGCGCAGGACCACAUAUAGAGGCUAUAGUCCUCGAAGCGGCCGUCCCGUGUUCGAGUCCCGGACCCGGCGACCUUUGCCGAAUGUCUCCCCCUCUCUUUGCCCUUCCUUCCUGUCUGCCUACUGUCAAAAUUAAAGGCCUCUAGUGCCGAAAAAAAAUUAUUUGAUAAAAAAAAAAAAAGAAAAAUCACAAUGGCGAUAGGCAGCCUGGAUGUAAUUUGCACAUUAAUGCUAUGCAAACAGUCAAUAAAUUAGAAUUCUAUUGAAAAGGUUAUUUCAGUAACUCAACUCACCAAGUAAAACACAAAUAUAUAGAUUAAUUUCACAAAUGCUGUAUUUAAGCCUUUAUUUCUGGUAAUUAUGUUUAUUUUCUGCUUAAAGCUAAUGAAAACACAACAUUUAAGUCUGGAAUAUUGCAUGAGACCAAUUUAAAAUAAACACAUAAUAAAGAAA